GUUGGUUCAUAAACGAUGUACAACGGGAUAGGGUUACAGACCCCGAGAGGAUCAGGGACGAAUGGUUACGCUCAGACAAACAAGUUCUUCGUGAGGCCUAGAUCAACUGGUGUUAAGCUUGUUGGUAAAGGGUUUGAGGAUGAUCAAGGUACUGCUGGUUUAUCUAAGAAGCCCAAUAAAGCUAUCUUAGAGCACGACCGUAAGCGUCAGAUUCAUCUUAAGCUUGCUAUUCUUGAGAACAAGCUUGCUGAUCAGUGUUGUUCUAAUGCUGAGAUUGCUCAUAAGCUGGACGAGGCUAUGGUGAAACUUGAGGCUGUUGCUGCUUCUGAAGAGACUGGUGACUCAAAGAUCUUUGAUAGUCAAACCCAUCAGUUGCUGCAAGGAAAAUAUAGCUUUUGGAGGGCACUAGAAGCGUUUCGAGCUGCGUUGGGUUUGCCUGAUCAGCAGCAGGUGGCUGAAGAGGGUAUUAUUGAUGAUGAGCCAGCGGCUGAGGCUUAUGAAGGCAGAUUGAAAGAGAGGCGGGAACAUUCGUUUUUGGACCGAGAUAGUGGGAGGAAGAAGUUAGAUGAGGAAAUAAAUGAGAAAGAUGUUAAGGUUAAGGAAAGCAAGAAGCAGCGGGGUGAUGAUGACAUGGAGAAAGUUAAGCGCCACAAGAAAAAAGACAGCAAGAAGAGAAGACAUAGUGAGUCAUCAGAAGAGUCUGAUGAACAUGGACGUGACCGCAGAAGGCGCUCUAAGAAGAAGGCUAAGGGUCGUAAACAAGAAAGUGAUAGUGAAAGUGACUCUAGCAGCUCUGAUUCUGAGUCUGAGUCCGAGUCUGACAGUGAUGAUGGAAAGAAGAGAAGAAUCAAGAAGGCUACAAAGAAACGCAGUAGAAGCAAAAGAAGCGUCUCUUCUGAUUCUGAAGAAGUUGAGAGUGAUGACAGCAAGAAACUUAGGAAGUCUCACAAAAAAAGUCGGCCCUCCAACCGAUCUGGUUCUAAAGAAGUAAGAGACAGGCAUGAUGAACAAAGCAGAGCUGGACGAAAGAGGCAUGAUUCUGAUGUUAGUGAGCCUGAGUCUGAGGAUAAUAAACAACCACGGCGAAAAAAAGAAGAAGCUUACCGUGGAGGACAGAAGCAGAAAAGAGAUGAGGAAGAUGUGGAGUUCAACCAUUCAAAAGACAAGUAUAGUGAUGGUUCUGGUGGCAGGAAAGUUGCAAGAGACUCUGAUGACAGUGAGACUGAGUAUGAGAACAAGAAAAAACUGCGCAGUAAAGUAGAAGUUUACAGUGCCGGAAUGAGCCAGAAAGGAGAUGAUGAAGAGGCUGUGUCUAAGCAUGGCAAAGACGAGUAUAGAAGUGAUUCGCGUGGCAAGAAAGUUGCAAGAGACUCUGAUGACAGUGAGGCUGAGUAUGAAAACAGGAAGAAGCUAAAAAAUGAAAGUUACCAACGAGGAAGGAGACCUAUAAGAGAGGAGGAUGAGGGCUACAAUAAAAAUGGAAGGGACAGGUAUAGAAGUGAUGAUACUGCUAAAAGAUAUGGAACAAUCAAGGAAGAUGAUAGGUAUAGAGGUCGAGACAUCGAGGAAGGAGACAGCGAUAAAGGAGAUGAUGACAGGGGUAGAUACAGUCAGAGACGUGAAACGGUUGAGGAGGAUGAGGAAGACUACAAGCGUGGCAGAGAUAGUUACAGAGGUGAUAGGGAGGACAGGUUUAGAGGUGAUGGGAGACUUGCAGCGGAUAAGGAAGACAAAGACGAUGAUAGAAUAAGCAGAGAGCGUGAAUACUCGAACAAGGGUCGAAGUCGUUAUGAUGAUAGCCGAACAAGUGGCAAAAGAUCCACUUAUGGUGAUAGAGCUUGAUGAUUCUGUUUCAUCUAAUGUGUCUUUUAAGUUUCUUAAAUGUUUGUUGUGUUUUUAUGGAUUUGUCACAAAACAUAAUCCGUGUUUUUUUCUUGCAAGACCUUAAUUAAGGUUUACAUGUUGGUCAAAUGUUCGAUCUCUGAGACGUUAAUUAAGGUUUACUUGUUGGUCAAA